ACGUCAAUAUCUUUAAAUCAAGUACUCAAGUGAUAAAAUGUAGAUGCCGGUUUGCAGGUGGCCAAAAUGAUUUCUCCAUUGUGGUUGGUGGGGGCUACAUGCUGUAUGAUGGUUCUCCCAGUUUGGCUGGAGGCAAAGUCUCUGCUGAGUGCCAUCAAGCACAAAGAGUUGACCCCUGUAAGUGCUGUGAGUAUUGAUUCAGAAAAGGCUAACGGCUUCCUAACUCAUUUGAGAGCAAAGCGCAACGUGGAACCCAGAUGGUACAGAGGCAGCCCAGACUUCCAGGCUUACUACCGCUACUACAGUAGUAUCGGACAUACGGAGGGGCUGUAUGAGAUUGACAGAAUCAGGAUGCUGUACCAACAGAUGAGACAGCUUGAACACGUAUACGGACCUGACGCCUCCUACUUCCAGAACAAGCUGGGAGUGCCUACCGUCAAAAUGUGCGAUCCAGCCACGGACAAAAAAUGCAAAGCCCUAUCUCCUCCUCCUCCUGCCCCGAUAAAAAGUGCCCCGCAGCCCAGUCCCCCUCCGGUCCUCUCCCAGACUGACGUUGUGUACCUGUGCAAUGCCAAGGACCCGCUCUGCAAACCCCAGAUUGUCUACCUCCCCACCGGGGCCAUGCCCGUACUCUGUGACCCCCGCCUCCACCCAUCCUGCAAGCUCCACAAGCUCCCUCCACCACCACCCCCCAUAAUUGCCAAAUCUGCCCCACCGCCACGACCACCCCCGACCCCCAAAAAGUCAGCUCCCUUUCCAGCCCUCAUCCAGACCUUCAAGGGCAUGGAGUAUGACUGCGAUCCCUACUGGGACCCGGACUGCCUAAUAGACCACCCACCCAGACCCUUCCAUGGAAAGGCUGGCCCACCACCACCCCCCCCACCACCACCACCACCACCGCCCAUUAAAGAGGAACCAAUCUUGCACACACCUCCCCCUGCGCCCAUCCCCAAAAAAGUGGCCUAUCCCUACUAUGGCUACCCCUACAGCUAUGGGCACGAACUCUAUGAUCCGAUCCGCUUCCAGUACCCCUCACCUCCAGCCGACGGCCCUGAAGAUAGUGGUAGUGAGUAAGCACACUGAUGCUCUAAAAGCUGUGGGUUUACCUUGUGCUUUGAGCGUUUCAACAGCGAAGAGCAAAGGCUUGUUUUUCCCACCUCAAAAUGUAUAAUAACAAAGGAAGUGUAUACACAGAAAGCAUAAUUCUGAAGAGCUGAUGCGAAAACAAAUUGUGAUUGGCCAAUAGACUACAGUACGAAUAAUGAUUACAUUUUGGCCACCUGUGUAUAUGCUGCCAAAAAAGUACAGGUUAUACCUAUUAGAGGUCUUUGAGCAAUAAAGCAUGUAAUUCUGUUCUCAAUGUGCUGGUGAAUCUUAUAACGGGUGAUGCUGUAACAGUGAUAAAGACCCACUAUGGUUGAUGCAUUAUCAUCCUGUGUGCUGAUGUCCUUACAGCCUCUAUAAUCUGACAAAAAG